AUGUCUUCAACCACUCCAGAACAGUCAUCAUCUUCCGAAGAUGAAUUAUCGUCAUUAAAAGUUACGUCCUCGGUACCAUCACAACAUGGCGACGAUUCUCUGACUCACCAAACUCCUCUUUCACCAGUUCCUCACUCAUCUCACAAUUUUUGGAAGCUUGAGAGUAUUCAUAAUCCUGUUUAUCAUGUUCAUGAUGAUCACGAAGAUCAUUUGUAUCAACAAGAAAAACAUAUUUAUUUAAAAGAACAUCGAUUCCAUAAAGCCACUCAUGAUAAAUAUAAGGAAUAUUUGGAAAAAUUACCCUCGGGGCCAUUAACGAAAGAAAAUCAACCACCUAUUCAUAUCACAGAACAAGAGCAAAAGAUAUUUGAUUUCUUACUUCAAGUAAAUGAUUAUUACAAAUUAGGAACAACAUUGAGAGUGGCAGGAGGAUGGGUAAGAAACAAGUUGUUGGGAUUGGAUGGUGAUGAUAUUGACAUUGCUCUCGAUAAUAUGAUGGGAGCAGAAUUUGCACAAUAUGUGGAAAAAUACGAAAAACUGAAAGGACUACCAACUAAAUCAAUUGGUAUCAUUUCUGCAAAUCCUGAACAAAGCAAACAUUUAGAAACUGCUACAACGCAUAUUUUUGGUCAAUCUAUUGAUCUUGUGAACCUCCGUAGCGAGGAAUAUGCUGAAGAGUCAAGAAUACCUUCAAACAUUUCUCUGGAACUCCACAACAAGAUGCAUUUCAUUGUUGAAGAUUUCACAGGAAAAGGUAUUCAUGACUUGAAGAGAAAAAUUAUUCGAACACCACUUCCUCCUGUUCAAACAUUUUUAGACGAUCCUUUGCGUAUUUUGAGAGCAAUUAGAUUUGCUUGCUUCUUUGACUUUUUAAUUGCUGAUGAAAUUAUGGAUGCCGCUCACAAUCAUGACGUUGAUGUUGCACUUGCUGAAAAAGUAAGCAGAGAACGUGUAGGCACAGAAAUUUUGAAAAUGUUAAAGGGUCACGAUCCUGUGGGAGCCUUUGCUUUAAUUGGAGAAAUGCAAAUUAAGCACAUCAUUUUCACAUACUCGACUGGCCCAAAGAAAAAGAAAGAUGCGUUUCCAAGGGAAUAUUUACGCCCUAUACCAAUGGAAUUUAAAGAUAAUAUGCAUUGGGAAAACGCUCUCUAUAGAAUGCGUAUCAUGAUUAAGCUUUCAAAACGAUACAAAUUGGAUCUGGAUGAGCGUGCCGAGUUAUUGCUGGCUGCCUUCAUAUCGCCACAUACUGACGCCAGCAUGCAAAAAGCAAGCAUUGAGGAAAUUUGUUAUAAUCUUAUUGUGUCAUCAUUCCGGUUACCACUUAAAUUGGCGGCCAAUGUAUCUACCAUUAUUUACGGAGCUCAAAAAAUUAAGAGCAAGGUAUUGGUUUGUGAAGACAAGAAAGAGACUCUUGAUGAAGACUUCUUUAGUGACAUUAUUCUACAAGAUCGGGAGUUUGUUGGUAAAUGGUUGAGAAACUUUGUUAAAGAGCUUUACGACAAAUCUCUCAUGCUAUGUAACGUCAUUGACACACAAGGAACCGAAUUUACAGAGAAGCGUUGCUUCCGUGCUGUCAAAUUCCUCAAAGCAUUGAACGAAAAGCACAGAAGAUUAGUUGAAAUCAGUCAAGAUUCUUCACCACUACGAGGUGACGAAAUUGCUCGACUUUUAGAAACAACACCAGGCCCAGUGGUAGCAGAAGUGAUUGAGGAUCUAACAAACGAACGAUUUAAAAAGUAUCCAGAAAAGUUUGAGAAAGAACAAGCUUUGGAAUGGCUUUCAAGACAUGCUGCCACCUACAAAGCUAAUAUUAAUUUGAAUCCAAAGAAAAAAGUGAGAAAGUAA